GACGUAUUUCCUGAGAAGCCGUGCGUAGACCGCCUCUCCAGUCCAGUCCCUGGAUAGAGGUGCAAUUUUUUUUUAUUAAUUUGUUUGUUUACUUGAUUUUGCCGUUUUGAAACGUUCUAGCAUGCGUCCGUAACUAUGCUGGCGUACCGGUCCAAAGGUGGCUCAGACGAACCGGGUCUCAGUGAUGCCUUAGCGUCACGUUACGUGCGACAGAGCAAGCAAACCUAUCGCAAAGUUUCCCUAUUGUACAGUAGAUGAGUGCGCGUGGACUUUAGGACGGUCCAGUACGCCAGGACACUCGAGUCUGUCCUCUUGACAACGCUACUCCGUCGGUGUCUUGAGUUUAGCUUUGUUUUGGGGUCAGUCAAACACGGAGGACUUUUCGUCGUGUCUGUGGACAGGUUUAGUGGAUUUACGUUGUGUCCAAGGAAACGGAAGAUUAGAAGCUGAUGCUGUUGAGGUGAUUCCUGAACUGUUCAGAGUCCAUCUUUCUUCCUCGGCUCUGUCUCUACAUGUGCCCAGGGAAGCACGGAUAUAGUAGAGGGCCACUGUGCUGACAGACGUAGUGACAUCAGGAACUCCUGCCUUGGUUCCCUCCAUUGUGUCUGAUGGAUCUCAGGCUUGCCUCAUUGACGCUCGGAACACUACUUAUUCUCGUGACCUCUGAGCCACGGCCAUCCGUUGGACAGAAGGUUUACACCAACACAUGGGCCGUCCACAUCACAGGGGGAGAGCAGGAAGCCAACCGGAUCGCUAGAAAGCAUGGCUUUGUAAACCAUGGGAAGGUUUUUGGAGAUUAUUAUCACUUCAGGCACCGCAGAGUGGUGAAGAGGUCUUUAUCAGAGCACAGAGGAACACACAUUCGUCUGCACACAGAACCUCAGGUAAUGUGGGCGGAACAGCAGGUGGUGAAACGAAGAAAGAAGAGGGAUAUUUACAAUGAGCCGACCGAUCCGAAGUUUGCACAGCAGUGGUACUUGUACAACGAAGAUCAUCGUGACCUCAACGUGAAGGAAGCCUGGAAGCAGGGUUUCACUGGACAAGGCGUCGUCGUGUCCAUAUUGGAUGAUGGAAUUGAAAAAAACCACCCAGAUCUGAUUCAAAACUAUGAUCCAGAUGCUAGCUAUGAUGUUAAUGAUGGCGACCCAGACCCUCAACCUCGAUACACCCAACUCAAUGAUAACAGACAUGGGACACGUUGUGCUGGAGAGGUUGCUGCUGUUGCCAACAAUGGCAUGUGUGGUGUCGGAGUGGCCUACAAUUCCAAGAUCGGAGGUGUGCGCAUGUUGGAUGGAGAGGUCACUGAUGUGGUGGAAGCUCAGUCCCUCAGUCUCAACCCACAGCACAUAGACAUCUACAGCGCCAGCUGGGGACCCGAAGAUGAUGGCAAAACGGUGGAUGGACCUGCAAAGCUUGCCAAAGAAGCUUUCCUACGCGGCGUGAUGGAGGGCCGUGGAGGACGGGGCUCCAUCUUUGUGUGGGCUUCGGGGAACGGUGGCCGAGAGAAGGACAGCUGCAACUGCGACGGUUACACCAAUAGCAUCUACACGUUGUCGAUCAGCAGCAGCACGCAGAAUGGCAACGUGCCCUGGUACAGCGAGGCCUGUUCGUCCACCCUCGCCACAACCUACAGCAGUGGAGGCCUCAAUGAGAAACAGAUUGUCACUACAGACCUCAGGCAGAAGUGCACAGACUCCCACACAGGCACCUCUGCCUCGGCCCCUCUGGCGGCAGGAAUCAUCGCCCUCGCCCUUGAGGCCAAUAAAAACCUGACCUGGAGAGACAUGCAGCAUCUGGUUGUGAGGACGUCCAACCCUGCCCACCUCACCACCAAUGACUGGAAGACAAAUGGAGUGGGUCGCAGAGUAAGUCAUUCUUAUGGAUAUGGUCUGCUGGAUGCUGGGGCCAUUGUGGCUCUGGCAAAGAACUGGACAAAUGUUGGACCUCAGCGGAAAUGUGUCCUUUCCUUGGUGUCUGAGCCUAGGAAUAUUGGGAGUCAUUUGGUGAUCAAUAAGAGUGUGGAUGCAUGUGCUGGGACGGACAACUUCGUGAGCUCAUUAGAACAUGCUCAAGCCCGGCUCACCCUGUCCUACAACCGCAGAGGAAACCUGGCCAUCUACCUGAUCAGCCCACAGGGCACCCGCUCCACAUUGCUUGCACCCAGACCUCACGAUUACUCCUCUGAGGGCUUCAAUGACUGGGCUUUCAUGACCACCCACUCCUGGGAUGAGGACCCUCGUGGAGAAUGGACAUUGGAGAUCGAGAACGUGGCUGGAACCAGCGACUAUGGCACUCUGACUCAGUUCACGCUGGUUCUCUAUGGCACAGCUUCUAGUUUAUCCGGCCCUUCAGCAGCAUACUCCAGCAGCUGCAAAACAUACGACCUCAAUCAGAUCUGCACAGAGUGCAACCCUGGCUUCUACUUGCACAACAAGGGCUGCGUGAGAGAUUGUCCAGCAGGUUUCACCGCAGGCACCCACUCCAUUUUCCUCCCCAACAACGAGGUGAUGUCCGUCCUCCGUCCCGCCUGCCUGUCCUGCGACCCCAUCUGCCUCACCUGCAGUGGCACGGACCCUCAGAGCUGCCUCUCCUGCCCUCCUCACAGCCACCUGGACGCUGUCAGCGGCACCUGUCUGCACCAGAACCACAUCCAGCGUGAGUCUCCAGACGGCGGGCUGUUCCAGAUGCAAGGCAGUGGCUCGUCCGUCAAACUGCACCCAGAGAUCGCCUCUCGCCUGCCUGUGACUGUGGCCGUGCUAAGCUGUGCCUUCAUCGUGGCUACAUUUGUGGCCGUGUUCGGCUUCCUGCAGAUGCACACACGUAAGCAGACCAAACUGCUGUCCGCCGAAGCCGGGCCGGGAUCCGGCUUACUGGUUGGGUUCGGUUUCAACCGCACCGCAGUGGCCUACAAGGGCAUCCCGAGCGUUUGGAGGGAGGACGAGGGCAAUUCCGAGUCUGAGAACGAGGAAUUCGAGAUCCGCAAUGAGAGGACUGCCUUCAUCAAAACACAAAGUGCUCUUUAACCCCUUCUUGCCCACGUUCCUCCCCUCUCUAGCCUCUACUGCACUGUUGUCUCUUUUUUAGUGUGUUUUCCUUCUGGGGUUCGUCUGAGCAUAUCUCACUUCUGGGGGUUUUGGUUGUUUUUCGCACCUGUUGUAGUUAUAUGAGCCAUGAUUCACCUGGGUGUUGACCUCUCUCGGUGCCUCAACAUGGAAAGUUUCCAAUCACAAGCGAUGGGGGUGAGCCGAUGGUCGCAGGGUUGUCCCGGAAUUACAAUAAACAUGAUUAUCAUUUGGUCUCUUCCUCUUGCCUAGUGAGAUUUUAAGAAACAAGAAGAUGGAAUUAUUUGCAUAUGAGAAAAACAAGGCUUUUCUUUGAGUGAAUGAGUGUGUGUGUGUGUGUGUGUGUGAGUGAGUGAAUCUUAUGUUUAUAUGAAGUCAGUCAGUGCUCCAGUGGGUCGGAUCCACUGGCUUUGCGCAGGGAGCCUUUUAGAAGAACAUAUCACACUUUCUACAUGGUCAGAUGGAGAGCAGAGCAGUGUGUUUAACGUGUUUGAAGAGCUUACUGCUCCCCCUAGAGCAUCUACAUUGGCAAACUCAUGAUUAUUUUAAGUAAAGUAGGCUGUUUAAAGGAAUAGUUCUCCAAAAGAUGAAACCAGUCAUCAUUUGCUCUCCCUCUUGUCAUUGCAAACCGGCAUGAUUUUCUUAAGUGGGAAAAAAGUCCAAAUGCCUCAAUUUUAGAUAGAUAGAUAGAUAGAUAGAUAGAUAGAGAUUUUUCUCUCUCACUCUCACUCACACACACACACACACACACACACAUAUAUAUAUAUAUAAUUAUUUGUAAACAAACUUUUAUUUUGGAUGUGAUUAAUUGUUUGACAGGCCAAAUAUACACUAAACAUACACUAACUUAAAUUCAAGUAAAAUAGUUAAUCAAAAUGUCAAAAUCAUGGCAUUAAACCUAGUGUGAUUCAUUAUUUUGUAAUUAUUUAAUCGUUUAUUUGGCCUAGAGUCAAAAUAGAAGCUGGAAAUUGGUAUUUAGCUGAAUUUGUCAUCAUUGUCAAUUUUUAAUGUCUAUAUAUAAACCAAACAAAAAACACUGUAACAUUAUUAACUUUUGUUCUCAAAUCUCAAAAAUGUGAGCACAAAUUGCUUCUAAAAUGGAGAAUAUUUUCAACAAAUAGUGACUUGAAUUUUUUUUUUCUCAUAAAAUUAACACAUAACAUCAAAAGACUUCAAAUAUAGUGCACAAGUUUUCUGGACCACUUUCAUGGUGUUUUUGAUGCUUGACAGCUUUGCUCUGGUGAUUCUUAACAGUUUUUUAAAGUAAGAUCUCAUGCAGGUUUGAAAUGACACGAGUGAGUAGGUGAAUAUGGUAAAUAUUUUCAUUUUCUUUGUGAACCGCAGUAUCCCUGCGCUCUCUGACUGUACCGUAUGUGGGGAGAAAUCUGUGACGUUGGUCAGUCCCUCCGAGCCAGCUCAGCAACAUUUAAGCUCUUCUCCUUUCUAAAUCUGUCCUCCAGUCAAGGUUUGAAACACUAGAAACGGUCCCGGCUAUAGGCCUAUCCUGAGAAGAUCUGGCUUCCAUGUUGUCAUGUUUAUGGGGAUCAUCCAUUUGUUAGAUAAAGAUGUUGGACGUAUGGUUGUGUUUUUAAAAUAAAUAUAAAUAUGGAGAAAGGGCUGUGAUGACCCUCACCCAGAGCAUCUUGGGUUUUAUAGACAUUUGUUUUCAUCUUCUCAAAUCAUUUCAUCAGGUCAUUUUCUUUGCUUACUACUGUUUGUUAUUAGUAGUAUGCUUGGCCUUGUCAGCUCAUCUGCCCAGAAUAUAAUACUGUUGUAUUUUUGUUUUUAUCUGAAUGACACAUUCAUAAUCCACACACAUGUUGUUCUUAAUGCAGUAUCUUUAUGAAAUGACAAUGUUAUCUACGGAAUCUGUGCAAUAGAGACCCAACAGAGUUAAUGCGACGAUGUGCUGAUUUCUUCAUCAGUAUCCUAUCAAAAUGAUUGGCGGUAACUGGAGAGCACUAUAUCAGCCUUUCAAAACCAUUGUUUCUUACGACUGCAAGAAACAAGGACACAAUAUAGGCCAGUUCACAAACUGCUUGCUCCAUCUUCAGCCUUGCCCUAGUUUAAACACUUUUUUUAUACAAUUAAGGCUCGUCCCUUUUAAAGCGUGUCCUGUUCAUCUACACAGUCUCUAGACUAACAGAACAUCUUCAUUUACGACACCCUACAGUUUCACAGCUGUUAAAUAUCUCGAGACUUUACGCUAAUGUUUAUUUGUUGAUACUGGUACCUCCCUGUUCUUAAACAGUUUCAAAUUGGAACUUUUCAUCCCUUUUAUUAUUUGUAUAGAGUUCAACUUGAAGCUGCAAUUUACUAUUUAGCUAAACAACUGUCUUUAUGUAUAGGUCUUCAGUUUAUUUACAUGGAAUGAAUUUGGAUAAAUUGAGCCACCUUUUUGCAUUAAUUUAUACACACACACACACAUAGUUGAAUCUACCUUCUAUUUUUAAUACUUUCAAAAUACUUGUAUUCAUUUCUCUACACUUUUGUUUAGCUAAACGGUAAAAUAGCUGUUCUGCCCCCUGCAGUAAUGAUUUAGUGUUACAAGCUGUUUUGGAAAGCCUCGAAGACCGUGAAGGCGUGACCAAAGAGCACAGAUGAAAAUCUGCUUGCCUUGGAGCGAUAACAUGACCUGAAAAAACACACUGAAAAAAAUAAAUGAAAUGUAUUACUUUACUUUUUUUUUUUCUUUUUUUUUUAAUUGAGAUUAGUUUAAGUUUUGACUUAGUUAAGUGAUUUGGUCAUACAUUUGGCUGUUGAAUGACAUUUUAGCGGUUGUGGUCAUUUAAACUCGUGUCGUGGCAGCAGUUUUUCUCACACAAUAGGUUUUCACCUUGAUGGUGCGAUGAUUGAUUGCACUGGGCUUUAAGGGCUCGAGAGUUUGUUUGUUUGUGUGUGUGUGUUCAGACUCAAGUGAGAACCUUUUGGAACCAUAGGAUUAUUUUCAUCUUUAUUUGAAGAGUCAACUGAUGCAUGUAGAUCCCCAAGUAGAAAACACCAAUCAUUUGUAUGACUACCUGAGACGGGACAGCUAUAUAAAAAUAAGGCCUAUUUUUGUACUAUAUAUGGUGCAUUGUCAUUUACAUGUAAUUUAAAGAUUAUUUUGCUCUUUUUUUUUCUUUUUAUUUAAUUGAUGUCAAUAUGCGAAUUAUAGAUUAUACAAAAAAAUAAAGAUCUAUGCAAACUUCA